AUGGCGGACCUUGCGAGCCUGCACGCGCUCUGGGACGCCAGCUGUGUGCGCUUGAGAGAGUUGGACGGCUAUGGCUGCGGCAUGGUCUGCACCGAAGACGUCCAGAAGGGCGGAGUUCUGCUUACGCUGCCCUUGGACGUGUGCUGGACGGCCGCAACAGCCCGGCGCAUCUUGGCGCACUCCGCGGUGGACGCGGAGCUUCUGGAGGCCAUCUCCGACGCCACGGCGAUCGUGCUCCACAUGCUCAUGGAGAUCAAGGGCCUAGAUGGCUUUCGAAAGCAGCACAUGGCCUUUCUGCAGCGGUCCAAGGUGGAGACGUUGCUGGACUGGAGCGCGGCGGAGCUGAAGCGCCUGCAGGGCAGCAAGUGGCCCAUGGUCUGCGAGGCCCUGCGCCAGGACAUUUUGAGCGAGUACCAGGAACUGUCCGAGAUCUUGGAGGAGCUUUUCCAGGCCUUCGAGAUCACGGCGGAGAAGUUCCUUUGGGCGCACAAGGUGCUGCUCUCGCGGAUGGUGGCCUUCCUGAGAGAAGGCGGGUCGCGGCUGCUGGUGCUGGGGCCGGGACAGGACAUGUUCAACCACAGCCACGAGGCGGUGGGCAGCGAGGAUGUGGUGUUGGAGGAAAGGGAAGGCUUGGAGGUGCUGGUGGUAAGAGCCUUCAAGGACUUCAAAGCGGGCGAGCAGGCCUUCUACUCCUACUCCCCGGCCUCCAAUGGGCGACUCCUUCUCAUGGGCGGCUUCACGCUUCCGGACAAUCCCUUCGACUCGGUGGAGUUGGUGCUGACCUUCCCCGUCACUGCAUACAGCGCCCCCCUCUUUGAGCAGCUGGCGGCAGGCCUGCAGAGCGUCAGAAAGCCGGGGGCUGUUGUGAUGGAGGAGACGGAGGACGAGUUCCUGGCCAUGGGCGAGGAGUCGACGGAAGCGACCGAAGCCUCGCUGCACGUGCGCCUCGCCGGAGAGGGAAGCGCCCUGGGCGGGCAGCUGGAGCGCAUCGUCGCCUUCCUGCGGUUGGACGAGCUGAGCAGAUGCAACCCUCACCUCACCUCAGAGCUGGUCGCGGUCAGCGACGGGGACGUUGCGGCCAGGCGAAGGAACCUGGAGCGUUUGCGGGGCUUCCUCGAGCAGAUGGCCGCGCAAUACGAGAGGCCACUAGAGGAUGAUGAAGCGGCGCUGGCAACUUCGCCGUCGCUGCGAGAAGUGCAGGCGUUGCAGGUGCUUAUCGGGGAGAAGAGGAUCUUCCGAAAAGCCCUGCGGCUCCUGGACGAAAAGUUGGGCUGGCUCUGGCAGGGCCUGGGGCCGAGGGGCGUCCUCACCGGGGCCCUGGCGACCGCGGUGGCCCGGCGCAGUCGGCGUGGCCUCAACUUCGGUGCGCGGAGGUUGGCGAGCGUGAGUGCCUCCAAGCGUGAGUACGACUUCGACCUGUUCACCAUUGGCGGCGGGAGCGGAGGUGUACGGGGAUCCAGAUGGGCUGCGAUGCAGUAUGGGGCGAAGGUGGCGUUGGCAGAGCUGCCCUUUGCCAUUGUGAGCACCAAGCACGAGGCCGGCGGUCUGGGUGGCCCGGAGCCCAAGAGUGGCCGGGUCUCAGCGCGGGGCGUUCGGGGCCGAGCCAACUGGACCAAGGGUCACUUGUUGGCGCUGCAAAGCUCACUUCCUGAAUUCCUGCACUGCAUGCAUUAG